CCUUCUCUCUUUCUGGCUGCCUUCUGCCUGGGAAUAGCCUCAGCUGUUCCACAACUGGAUCACAGCUUAGAUGCACACUGGUCCCAGUGGAAGGAGGCACACGGGAAACUAUAUGACAAGGAUGAAGAAGGAUGGAGGAGAACAGUGUGGGAGAGGAACAUGGAAAUGAUUGAACAGCACAAUCAGGAAUACAGCCAAGGGGAACACAGCUUCACUCUGGCAAUGAAUGCCUUUGGUGACAUGACCAAUGAAGAAUUCAAACAGGUGCUGAAUGACUUUAAAAUCCAGAAGCACAAGAAAGGAAAAGUGUUCUGAGCACCUGUCUUUGCUGAAAUCCCCUCAUCUGUGGACUGGAGAGAGCAAGGCUACAUCAUUCCUGGGAAGGAUCAGGGUCCUUGUGAAUCUAGGUGGGCAUUUAAUACCACUGAUGCCUGGGAAAGAUAGACAUUCCGCAAAACUGGCAAACUUGUGUCCUUGAGUGAGCAGACUGACUUCUCUUGGGCUGAAGGCAAUGAGGGCUGCAGUAGUGGCCUGGUGGGUAACAGCUUCCAGUAUGUUAAGGACAAUGGGGGCCUAGACUCAGAGGAAUCCUAUCCAAACACUGAAACCUGCAAAUACAGGCCUGAGUAUCCUGCUGCCAACAUCACUGACUUCGUGGAACAUCCUCAGCAGGAGGAGUCCCUUAUGGUGUCAGUGGCAACUGUGGGGCUGGUCUGUCUCUAUUAGUAUCAAUGCAAGCCUGGAUACCUUCUGGUCUAUAAAGAAGGCAUUUGUUAUGAUCCAAACUGCAGCAGCAAACACCUGAAUCAUGGUGUUCUGGUGGUUGGCUAUGGAUUUAAAGGAGCAGAAUCAGAACACAAAAAAAUUUGGAUUAUCAAGAACAGCUAGGGCACAGACUGGGGCAUGCAGGGCUGCAUACUGAUAGCCAAAAACCAGGACAACCAUUGGGGAAGCACCACUAGGGUGAGUAUUCCUGUCGUCUGA